UAUGUUAAUUUCAAGGAGAGAAACAUUACAGUUUAGUAGCUGUACAUUGCACAUUUCAGAACACGCAAUCUUUGCAGUAAUUAUUACAUAGCGUAAAUGAGAUGAUUUGAGCGGGACCCAUUCGCAAAGAAGAAGAACUAAAAACUCUCUCUAAUAACAAUUCAUGAAUCGUAAUCACGCAUCAUCACACCAACAUCAUCAUCAUCAUCAAUGUAAAAUUCCCAGAAACAAUCCUUACCUUACUUUCCUUUCACACUGAUUCUUCCCUCUCUCCCCCACUUGUUCUCUCAUGAUCAAAGUAAACCCUAGAAUCUCCGAUUACAAUUCGAUCUAUUCUGUUUCUUCUUCUUCACCUUUACUCUCUCUUAAGCUCCAAGAAUACAAAUUUAACGUAUAGGGUUUACCGGGUCCACUUAGUUAGAAUCGGUUCUUGUGCAUACCUCUAGUCAUGGCGUAUCAUUCGAUUCCGGGCUCCUCGGGGUUUCACUACUUGAAUUCUCCUUUUGGUGAUACGACCUUCACCAAGGUCUUCGUUGGUGGCCUUGCCUGGGAGACUCAAAGCCACACUCUUCGUCGUCAUUUCGAACCUUACGGUGAGAUCCUCGAGGCCGUCGUUAUUACCGAUAAGAACACUGGUCGAUCCAAAGGUUACGGCUUUGUGACUUUCCGAGAUCCAGAGGCUGCUAGGAGAGCCUGUGUUGAUCCAACACCUAUUAUAGAUGGCAGACGUGCGAAUUGUAAUCUCGCUUCUCUUGGGAGGCCUCCUCGUCUUCCACUACCCAAUAUUCCUGGACCUGCUUCUCCGUACGUUGGAAGUGUGCAGGCUCCUCGCGGUUCACUCUUUGGAAGCCAUCCGUAUCAACAAACGCCUGCUUAUAGCUACCAGCAAGGAGUGAUGUACCCUUAUGGGGUUACACCAUAUGGACCUGAGUACAUGUACUCACAAUCUCAGGGCUUAUAUGGUCCUUACACUGGGCAACAGUACCUUCAGGUUUAUGGAGCGCCUGGGGGAAUUAACUCACCGAGCUACCAAUACGGGCAACUGAGUCAAAACAUCCCUGUUGGUCAUGGCUAUACAGCGGUACAGGGCUAUUCAGUUCCAGGAAGUCAUAUGCAAUCUCCCUACCCUUCAGCUGUAGCAGGUCCUUCCCCAACGCAGUCCCAUCCUCAGUAUAUGCAGAGUAGCGGUUCUGAUCAAACAACAGGGUGAAAAAAACUCAAUCAACGUAACAAGCUUGGUAGACAAAGAUAUAGCAUAUAUAUGUAUAUAAAUUUAAAAGAUGUACAGAUGCAUAUAUAGAAUGGUGGAAUCACAAAAUCUGAUUCUUUUGGUAGUUAAAGUAGUCUUCUUACUUCACACUUUCUCAAGGCAUAGGAGUGUGUGUGUUAGUAAGAAGAUUGUUAGGUAGCUUUUUUUUAAUGUCCUUGUUAAUGUGUAUUGAGCUCACUUAGCUUCAUAUCUUUGCAUAUAUUGUACUCUUCUCUUUUACACGUCUGUACAGUUACUAAAAUGAUAAAUUGUUAUAUCAGGAUCUUCUUAUUGUUUC